CCGCACACUCGUGCGCCCAGUCCGCCGACUACAAUCGUAUCGUCCUGAGCGAUCAUGUCUACCCAAACCAUAACCACGAGCACCAAGACUGUACAAUCUUACAAUAUAUUACUUCUCAUUAUACUUUCUACCAGUUCGUAUAGUUCGUCUGAGGUACGGGACCAUAGUAUUCCUUGUCCAAAAGGAUGCAUCUGUGCCAAACCUCCGCAAGUUCCUAAGGUGGACUGUUCGAAACUCAACCUCACCUCUGUGCCAGUGGAUAUCAACAUCAAUGUGUUGUCCUUGGACCUCAGCAGCAACAAUAUUAGCACAUUACUCAGCUCCAGUUUCCGCCAUCUUCCAAACUUGAAUGAAUUAAACUUAGGACGUAACAACCUCCAUUCUUUGCCAUUCGAGGUUUUCGCUGGUUUGUCAAAGUUAAAAGUAUUAUGGCUACACAACAAUCAGUUUAAAAAAGUGCCAACAGCUGCAUUAAGCGGAUUGUCAAAUCUAGAGGUCUUAUAUUUAAGUGCCAACAAUUUGACGAGAGUUCCAGAAGCUAGUCUGACUCAUCUGUCGAGCUUACAAAGACUCUGGUUGGACAAGAACGAGCUGACCGAAGUACCUACUGAUACUUUGCAGGAUUUACCCAAAUUACAGGCAUUAAACAUGGCUUCCAACAAUAUCAGGCAGAUUCCAGAUUAUGCAUUCCAGAAUUUGUCUACCCUCUUCAUCCUUGUUCUAAAGAGGAACAAGAUCGACACUAUUGGAGAGAAAGCAUUUACUGACCUUACAGUGUUAAAAGUAUUAGAGAUCGACGGGAACAAAUUGAAGAAACUACCAAGUGGAUUGGCCACUCUUCACACUUUGAGAGAACUUACUUUCGCAAACAACGAUAUAAAACAUUUACCAGAUUUUGCCUUCAAGUCCAAUUCUCAGCUGACCCUGCUAGAAAUGGGAGGAAAUCCAUUGACUGAAAUAGGUCGUUACACUUUUUCCAGCCUCCCCAACCUAAAGGAGCUCAUUCUUUCUGACGUACGGAAUUUAGAGGAGUUUCCAGAUCUAACAGAAACGAACGCGUUAGAGCACUUACGUUUAGAUCGAGCUUUACUGCACACUGUUCCUCCAAACUUCUGCCACCAGGUGCCACUGCUUAAAAGUCUAAACUUGAAAUCAAAUCGUCUGUCAUCAAUACCACAGUUAGAGGAAUGCGAGGAACUUCGUUUGAUAGACUUCAGUUACAAUAGGAUAAGAUUACUGGAGAACGCUCCUUUUCAGAAACAGAAGAAAUUAAUUGAUUUGUUUCUGGGCGAUAAUCUGAUAGAAAUUAUCCCUGCUGAUGCUUUUCGUGGACUGAGUGUCCUACAAGUUUUAAGUCUUGCCAACAACAGGAUAGAAGAGAUUCACCCUGACACCUUUGUUUCUGUUCCUCGGUUAAGGGAUCUAAACCUAGGGAACAACCAGUUUCCUACGCUUCCGACAAAGGGUUUACAAAAUAUUCGUCAGCUCAAGACGUUUAACAAUCCGAACCUGAAAGACUUCCCCUCUCCAGAAUCAUUUCCUCGUGUUCACACUUUAGCUCUUUCCUACUCAUACCACUGCUGUGCAUUUUUGUCAGUGACUCGCCAGACGCCAGGGAAGCCUGUCAACCUGCAGGAGACUAUUGUGUGGCUGACAAAAGAUGACGUCGAUAUGAGUACGUGGAGUACGAACGUCACGGAUGUAUGGCCAGGCUAUGAUAAUUUUUCAUCAAAAUUUGAAGAGUUUGCUGUUCAGUUUUGGAAAUCUUUUGGGAGAGACUAUGCGAUUCCCGAUAAUUUGGCUCAAUAUGCAGAGGAAUAUUUUGAAGAUUACAAAUCGUUCUAUAACAGUGAAGAUACGCUCCUGGCUCAUUAUCCAAUCAAGUGUAUACCACAGCCAGAUCCGUUUCUUCCCUGCGACGAUUUGUUUGGCUGGUGGACGCUACGCUGUGGAAUAUGGAUUGUGUUCCUUCUCGCCAUGCUUGGGAACGGAGUAGUGGUGGUGGUUUUAAUGUUUGGGCGGAGCAUCAUGGAUGUUCCAAGAUUUCUCGUCUGUAAUCUUGCCAUAGCAGACUUUUUUAUGGGAAUUUAUCUUGGGAUUCUAGCAGUAGUGGAUGCUUCCACAUUAGGAGAAUUUCAAGUGUACGGAAUUUCGUGGCAAGGAUCGGCAGGUUGUCAGAUAGCGGGAUUUCUGGGGGUCCUCAGCAGUGAACUGUCCGUUUACACCUUGUCAGUGAUCACUUUAGAGAGGAACUACGCCAUAACUCACGCCAUGUACGUGAACAAACGCCUGUCUUUAAAGCAUGCUGCAUACAUUAUGGCUGCUGGCUGGACAUUUGCUUUAAUUAUGGCAAUAAUGCCUCUCUGUGGUGUAAGUAACUACAAAAAAUUUGCUGUUUGUUUGCCUUUUGAGACAGAAUCAAAAGUGUCUCUCGGAUAUGUCGUAUUUCUCAUCCUUAUAAAUGGAAUCGCUUUUGUCAUCUUAAUGGGCUGUUACCUGAAGAUGUAUUGUGCUAUUAGAGGAUCACAAGCCUGGAAUUCCAACGAUUCACGAAUUGCAAAGAGAAUGGCUCUUCUUGUCUUUACCGACUUUGUUUGCUGGUCUCCCAUAGCAUUCUUUUCACUAACAGCAGUCUUUGGGCUUCACUUGAUUUCGCUGGAAGAAGCUAAAGUAUUUACAAUAUUUGUCCUUCCUCUAAAUAGUUGUGCCAAUCCGUUCCUGUACGCCAUUUUUACUAAACAGUUUAAGAAAGACUGUGUGCUUAUUUGUAAAAGAAUAGAAGAAUCAAGGGUUACUCGUGGAAUUGGAAGGUGUCGCCACAGUUCCAAUUUCUCUAAUCGUCAUACACCUGCUAAUACAAACUCGGCUGCUGACCGUAAAAGUGCUGAUAGUGACCAACCAACAUGUCAGUGUGGUCAACACAAGGUCGUCGAUGAACCAAAACAAACGGAAUACAGAAGUCGUUGGAAAGCAUUUGCGAUGAGGUACUUUCUUUGUCAAGAACCGGAGGUACAAAACGAUACGAAUACAUAUACGUUCGCAAUCGCACAGAUACAAAAAAAUAUAGAACGGACCACAAAAAGAGGUGCUAGUGUAUCCAGUGACAAUUUUUCAUCUCGUUCAGAUAGUUGGCGUCAGACUAAUAUUCCACUGCGACUUUUGGAACGUGGUGCAAGACGAAACUCAUAUAAUUUUACCCGUAAGAAUUCUCAAGAUUCCAACAUGUCUUGUAGUAGGCAGGAUUCUUCAACUUCUACGUUUCGCAUGUCUCGUUCAAGUAUAAGUAGUGAUAGAUCUGAUUCUCAUCUCGUUAGGCCAGGACUCGCAAGGCUUAGAGAUCGAAAUCUUUUUGGUCCUGUGGUAAUUGAACAAAGUCACGGAACUCGGCCAUUUUCAAAUGUUCUUGAAAGGUCAUUUGUGAAUGGAGAAACCAGAUUCAUACGAGGAAUGGUUGGUGCAGCAAAAGAAAAUCCGAAAUUAUGUCGUCAGAUUGCAGUUGACGACACCUGUGUUCCACGUGUGCUUGGAAAAAGAUAUGACUUUAGGUCUCUUCAAAAGUCGCCACCAGUUGGACCUACAGUUUCUGAAGGACUAUGUCCUAGUUGUGCUAAAAAAGAUCCUAGUUCUUCUUUGAAAUUUAAGAAUAAAGAACUAGAAGAUAAGUUCAACUGCUUUUAUAACAGACUAGCAGAAACCAGCCACGAGGAUAGUAGUGAAGUAUUGACGUCAAAAGAAGAUCAGGUGUUGUUAUCUAGUGACCAAUCCACUGGCGACCAGAAAGUGGACUCGUCAAACACCCAUGACACUUCAAUCCCCGACUCUUCCGCUCAACAUGCUGAGAUCACCAUAAACCCCCAUAUUGCAAUCGAAGGAAAUGUUUCACAAGACAGAGAAAAGGAAUGUUUAGAAGAUAAAGUAAACAACUGGCUAAGGACGUCUGCCACCGAUGUAAUGGGAGGAAGUGAAGGGAAGUUACAAGUCAGUGUAGAAAGCUCUCUCAACGCUAACCACCUUUGUGUGAGUGCUGACUGUAUUCAAAAUCCCAAGUCCCAAAGUAUGACUUACAUUGGAUCUGAUAGUAAAUUAAAUUUAGGUCGAAAAGUUGCAUCCGACAAUUCACUGAAAAAACUUUCAUUGAAAAGCCUACCUAGCUUGUUAAGGUCUCUGUCUAGCCAAAGCACACAAAAAUUGCAGCGCCUAAAAGUUAGAAGUCAAUGUCAAUUAAGGCCAAAAUCCAAAGGGUACCUGUCGUGUUCAGAAAGUCAAACAACAAUAAAAAAAUAUUCUGAUGAUAUUAUCUGUGAAAGGGCGUCACCAGUGUCACCAAGUUCGUUUAAGAAAUUAAAAACAGAAGAAGAAUGUGAAUCAGAUUCUGACAUCGAAGAUGUUUUCAUUGAAAUUAAAUGUCACCCUGCUGAUUCGAAUUAUGGUAAAAGUCCCGAGAAUGAGCAUUUUACACCAACUGAUAUGAAAGAAAUGCCCGAACAAUCUACUAUACAAACCAUGCUCAGCAUUAACGAAGAAGUACCUUUGAUCGAACAGGAUCUCCAAAAUAUGAGACAGAGUUCUGAAUAAUUACAAAUAAGUUUUUAUUUAGAUUUGAAUGGGGAUCUUUUGGUUUGUUCAAGUCCUUGUUGAAUUUUAAAUGAAAACAUUGUGAUGAAAUAGAGUGAGUACAUAACUUUCAAUGUUGAACUGAUAAUAGAACCAGUUCGUAGAAUUUAAUGAGGAAAGUUAGCUCCUCGCUGUGUUCUGCAUGAGAAUUGAAUAAUUCAGCUAACUUCCCAUUAGGUCUAAAGGAAGAUCCAGAGUUACACCGGUCAUCUGUUGAGUACUAACUGAAGAAUCUGGUGCCACAACUGAGUUCCAGUCGGGUUUCUAAAGCCUGUAUCUCGAUUGUUAGUUGUCAGUAUAUCAAAUCGCCUCAAAUCUGUCAUUAAAAUCGGAGCUUCAUGUUCUGGUUGUAUACCUAGCUGCUAAAGCUGAGUAUUGGUGAGAUCUAAUUAGAGAUGUGGGUGCUAAAGCUGCUGAGUUUUAAUAAGUUAUAAAUUACGAGCUAAUGCAUAUACAGGUCCUUGUUGAAAACUGUGAUAUGUAAAAAAUGUGUGUUUUUGUGUACAAUAUAGAUGAUGAUAUGUUAACGUGAAUAAUUAAUAUAUACUUUAAAAAAACAUUUUUAUUUAUCGUAUGUAAUGUGUAGAACAUAUUUCUUUUGUUUGCCUUGUUGGCCGCUUACAAGCACAAAGCUGUAGUAGUUAGAUAGUUUCAGAUUGUUCAUGUAUAAUUGAAACUCAUGCAUUUCUGUCAUUUUCAACAAAGCCUGAUACAAAGUAUAAAUCCUCUUGGUAGUAUAUCCCACUUUUUUCUCACAAACUUUACAGCAAGUUGUGUACAAAUGAGCAUGUCCUUCUAAAAACAUGCAACAAUGAGAACUCAUAAUGCUCGCACAACAAUGCUUUAUAACAAAUGUACUUAGUUAUUUGAAUCUUAACACUACUUACCUUGUAUCCUAAUUUUUAGUACAAUUUAGUUGCAUGACACAAGGAGACAUUUAAGUCGUUUUUACAUUAUCAUAACAUGCAGUAGAGUAAUGAUUAAUUAUAAAAGCUUAAACGUGUUGUUAAACAAAUGUUGUCUGUGUUUUAACGUGAUUGUUAGAUGUUCUUGUCAUUGUCAUUUUUUUGACUUUUUAAUGUAUGAACAUUUUUAACGGAUUUGUAAUCUUGAAGGCCCCCGAUUUAACAUAAGUUCUCGAAUUCAGCGGUAACUCAAAAAUUUAACUGUAAAGCCUUUCAAAAUAUUAAUAAGGAAUAAAAUAUAUGACAUAAUGCAUUAUGUAUGAGCUUAAGAUUUUGUGAUAAACUAGUACUUCUGGUUAUAUAGUUCUUAACAGAACAAUUUUUCCCUAAUAAUAACACGGAGAACAUUUUCCCACUUGAACUGAGAUUAAGUUUAAGUGAAGUUUCUUCGUGAUUCAUCUAGUUUGUUAAGUGUCCUCCCAUUUAGUUUGCUAACAUCUAGUUUCGUCCUCCCAAAAUGCUGACCGUCUGGCUGGGACGUAAAGAGUACUUUCUAGAAGGGAUAUAUGUCUGGAAAAGUAAA